CUCACUGGCGGCGGCUGUGUGUGUGUGUGUGUGUGUGUGUGAGUGCGUGUUUUCCUGCGUGCGUUCCUCAGCAGUCAGGUGAAGGCGGACGUAUCAUCUCGGACGGCGCUAACCUCCGGUGGGUGUGGACGGAGCCGGGGGAGUUGGGGGUCCCUGCGAGUCCCACUCGGGUGCCGAAUCUCAAAGAGAGAAUCCGGGACGCCGCAGCCUCAUCUUGUUGGAUUUUGGGAGCGAGCGCGUCAGCGGGACGCCUUUUUUCCCUCCGCCUCCCCCCCACUCCACCCCACUCCCGGCCGUGUGGGAAUGCGGGAGACUCUCGGCGGCUGAGCAGACAGCUGGGGGGAAAGGCGAUCCAGAGCCGGCUGGCCAAGGAGCAGGAUCAUGCGUUGCUGUAGCGAUUAAUCCGCCCUGUGAUAUCGCCGCGUGACAACACUCCCCCUCCUCCGUCCUCCGCAUCUGGACCACAACCGCCACUCUACUGCGCCUCGCCUCCUUUCCAGCCGGUUCUUGUUGGUCGGGCAGCGUCCCAAAGGAGAGGGGAUUGUGGAGGAAAGCCGCAGGAUGGUCCGGGAUUUGGGAACGUCUUGUUGUUUUCUGCGCAACAUGAAGACGUGACGGGGCGUUCAUGCUGAGGAGAACUGGCCCCGGAUUUUAACUGCCAACCUUUCCUUCCAUGCGGAUGUAGAACCUUCCCUCCCUCGUCUACUCCGUGCCCUCGCCGAUGUAGAACCUUCCCUCCCUCGUCUUCUCCCUGCCCUCGCCGCCUGGGGUCUUCCCGCGUCAGCGUCCUCCAAGUUGAGAGUUGGGCAGGACUCCGGGGCGGUCAUCCCGCACCCCGCCUGCCCUCGCCAUCGUCCCUCACUCCGGUUCCAAAUUGUUUCUUUGCUCUUCAUGGCGGCCAUCGCCCGCAAUCUGCCUGACCCGUGUUGCCCGUUGCGGGAUUGAGGCCCCAUGAGCCGUAAAGGAGGCCAGGGCAGGAUGAGCGAGUGUUCCGCCGCCACCGGGACCGGGUCGGUCAUCCUGGAGGAGCCUGAGGGCUCGGGUGUACCGGGGGCCGGUGGCGAGGGUCAAGCCCGGGACGGAGGCCCGUUUCGCUGUGCGCUUUGGCCCCGCCAGCAAACGUGGCUUUGCGCCGUGCCCCUGCUCAUCGGCUUCAUCGGCCUGGGGUUGAGUCUGAUGCUGCUCAAGUGGAUCGUCGUGGGAACCGUGCGGGAUUACGUGCCGACGGACCUGGUGGAUGCUAAUCGAAUAGGACAGGAUCCCAUUUUCCUCUCUAAGCCCAGCGGGAUUCCGAAAGGUCCCGAGACCACCACCUCGACCGCCGCUCCGACGGGCGACGGCAGGAAUGUUUCGCCGACAACGGGGACGGUGGCGAAAGGUAGAACUCGAACCGCUGCUACCACCACCACCGCCAACCCGAGAGGGGGCGCAGCCUCAGGUAGCCUAGCGACCCCUCGCAAUCCUGGAAAUCAUAACGGACGCAUUCCAGUGGGUUUUACGACACCGGCCGCGCCGCCACGGACGACGCUUAGAAACGGGGCGCCGACAUCGAGUCGGUCGCCAUCCAACCCGACCGUACUUCAUGACUCGACUCAGAUGUGGACUUCUGACCACACCACCACCGAGGUCACGUCCACAACCACGACUACCCGCAGGCACGGACACCGCAAAUCACCGUCUGCCAGCGUGCCGCCGCUGCACUCGGAGCACUUCAAGCCGUGUCACAACAAAGACUUGGCGUACUGCCUCAACGGUGGCGAGUGUUUCGUCAUCGAGACGCUGAGUGGGCCUCACAAGCACUGCAAGUGUCGCGAAGGCUACCAGGGCAUCCGCUGCGACCAGUUCCUGCCCAAGACCGACUCCAUCCUGUCCGAUCCAAACCACCUUGGCAUCGAGUUCAUGGAGAGCAAGGAAGUUUACAAGAGGCAGCUGCUGUCAAUCACCUCCAUCGCCAUGGCGAUUGGCCUCCUGGGGGUCGUCUGUGUCGCCCUCUACUGCCGCAACAAGAGGACGACACACAAACUGGAAGCUCACUUGAAAGAAACUCGAAGUCUAAGAAACUACACCACACACAACUACACAACACACAACAACAUGACACUCAAGUACACGUUACACAACAACACACCACACUACAACACAACACACAGCUACACAACGCACAAGACCAGGACCAGCCAGGACACCAGGAACACCAACCAUGAAGUCAACCAGUAUUGCAAACGUCCACCAGCUUGUCGCCAUGGUGACGUGUUUGGUAGCAUCAGCACCACGCCAGCCAUCUGCUCAAGAAGCAUCAGAGACACUGCUCAGCAAAGAGGUCUGGCAGCCCAUUGGUCGGCCAACCGCAGGACUCCGCCCAUUGCCAGUGGGCGGUCCAAGAGUUGUGGCCCCGCCUACCAGCACCUGCAGGAAGUGGAGCUCGCUGAACAGGAAGCACAACAAGGCGUCGUCCAGCAGGGGAAGCCACGCCCACAUAUGCAAUCGCCAGCAGCUGCGGGGGACCACGCCAUCACGCCUUCAGACCGCGCGGGUCCCGCCGCCGCCGCCCCCUACGGCCUGCGGAGACCAAACGGCGCGGCCUCCGUCCCCAUCAUCCCUUCCGUCCUUGGUCGCCACGACGACGAGAUUUCCUGUAUGCAAAUGAAAGCCACGCCCUGCCGGGAGGCGGAGCAAGAGCGACUGCGGCGGGUGGAGGAGGAGGCGGAGAAGGCGCACCUGAGGGCGUUGGCGUGCAGGCGGCGGCAGGACGGCGCCUGCGCAGCGUCGCCGCCCGCCAGGGAAACUGUCUGCUUCCUCAACCUCCACGUGGGCGGGGCCCCGCUUUGUGGCGGCCCCACCCACACCCAGUUACUAAGCCCCGCCCCCCACAAAGACCUGGCCCAAUGAGAAGAGAGGAAAAGGUCGAGUGGACACACCAGCCGGAAGUCCUGGGAAUGUGCUGACGGACGCAAAGAUGGCCGCCGCCCAAACAGGAAGUAGAUU